GUACUACUUAUAUCUGCAUGAAACCUAACAUUACCGGUAUAAAUAAGCUGGAAUUUCCUAUACCACUCAUUUCUGGUGACAGCUUCAAACAAUACAUUCCACUACUUAAUAAAUUCUAGUCAAUCCCAUAAUUCAAUCUUUUAUACGUUUUCAAUUCAUUUUACAUUUAUUUAUUUUAUCUCAUCUCUUAUUCAAUACAAAAUGUUAGAUCUUAUAUCUCUGGUGUUGGUAGUUGCUGUUAAAGUGUUUAAGAAAACAACUCCAAAUGGAAAAGUCACGGUUUACCUUGGCAAGCGCGACUUCAUUGAUCAUGUGGAUUAUUGCGAUCCUGUCGAUGGAGUAGUGGUCGUUGACACCGAAUAUCUGAAAGGCAGAAAAGUUUAUAGUCAGUUGGUGACAACAUACCGCUACGGUAGAGAGGAAGAUGAAGUGAUGGGAGUGAAAUUUUCCAAGGAAAUGGUGAUUGGACAAGAACAAGUCGUGCCUCUGGUCAAUUCCAAAAUGGAACUAACACCUGUCCAAGAAAAGUUGCUUAAGAAACUUGGUCCUAAUGCUUAUCCUUUCACUUUUAAUUUCCCUGAAAUGGCACCCAGCUCGGUGACACUGCAACCUGCUGAAGAAGAUCAAGGCAAACCAAUGGGCGUAGAUUACUCCGUGAGAACGUAUGUUGCCGAGCAAGAAGACCAGAAAAGUCAUAAGAGGAGCUCCGUGACUCUCGCUAUUAAAAAAUUACAACACGCUCCGAUAACUCGCGGACGUCGCCUUCCAAGCUCGCUGGUCAGCAAAGGAUUCACCUUCAGCAAUGGCAAGAUUAAUCUCGAAGUAACUCUGGAUCGUGAAAUUUACUAUCAUGGAGAGAAAAUUGCAGCUAACGUGAUCGUUUCCAACAACUCAAGAAAAUCCGUCCGUAACAUUAGAUGUAUGGUUGUGCAGCAUGUCGAAAUUACGAUGAUCAACUCUCAAUUCAGCCGCCAUGUCGCUUCUCUUGAGAGUCGUGAAGGAUGCCCCGUGACACCUGGAGCUAGCCUAUCUAAGACUUUCUACAUGGUACCUUUGGCUCGUAACAGCAAGGAUGUCCGCGGUGUGGCCCUGGAUGGCCAUCUCAAAGAAGACGACGUGAACUUGGCUAGUUCGACUCUUGUUGCUGAAGGUAAAUGUCCUGCUGACGCCAUUGGUAUCGUGGUGUCUUACUCUGUGCGAGUGAAGUUGAACUGUGGAACUCUUGGAGGAGAACUGGUUACUGAUGUGCCAUUCAAACUGCUGCAUCCUGCUGAAGGCACUGUUGAGCGUCAACGUUUCAAUGCAAUGAAGAAGAUGCAGUCUAUUGAGAGACAUCGCUAUGAAAAUACUCUUUACACUAAUGAAGAGGAAGACAACAUUGUUUUCGAGGAUUUUGCUCGUCUUCGAAUGAAUGAACCCGAAUAAAUAUGCGAAGGCUAAAUUUAAAGCCGCAUCCCUUCAUGCCAUCGAUAAUCCACAAUCGAUUUUCACAAACCACUAGUCAUUACACAAUUAUUAUUUAUCAUUUCAUACCAAAAUAUUCCCUAUUUAUCAAAAAAAUCCAUACAUUUAUCAAAUAAUAUAAAGUAUUUGAUCUUUCAAAUUUGAAUAGCUAUGUCUAAAUCAGUAAUCGCUUUAGUAAAAAUACUAUCUAUUUUAAUAAAAAUAUUAUCUAUUUAUUAAAAAAAUCUUACCUUUAUUGUAUGUCCCAACUAUUUAAAAAUA